CCGAAUGACUUUGUCUACCCGAAGAUCAUCGCGGUGAUCCGCAGCGGUCUAAAGCCGAGGAAAAUCAUGCGCUUCCUGCUCAACAAAAGGACCGCCCGAUCGUUCGAGCAAAUCCUGACCGAUUUGGCCAGCCUGGUGAAACUUGACUCCGGCGUCGUUAAGAAGAUAUUCGCUCUCAGCGGAAGGCCCAUAACGAAGCUUCUGGAUUUUUUCAGCGAUGAUAAAAUUUUCCUGGUGUGCGGCAGCGAGAAGAUCACCGUCGACGAUUUCUACCUGGACAGCGAAGGUCUUGUGGUCAGGUGCUUGCUGCUUCCUAGUAUCGUAAAACUGGAUUUUCAGAGCACAAAUUCUUACAGUCUUCGCGACCCAGUGGCGAUCGCCUAUCGUACCAUGCAUCACCGUCAAAGACUGCCCACUGUCGAAAGUCCGUUGGCUACCCACUAA